CUUUUCACACCUCCGUUUCAAACACAGCCAACCAGGAGCAGGACUACAAAAAUACUUUCAUUCAAAAAACCCACAAACGAGAACUUCCAGACACCGUAGGAACACCGUUUCUACUACAAGUCGGGCGCCACUGCAAACACCGGGCCGAAGCAGAGCUCUAUCGCCUCGGGGAAGGAGUUUUGUUUUCGUUUGAGAUAAAGAGGGUCUAUAGCGUGAAGCGAUAUGGCGACCGCAACCCCGAGCCGCGAGUCCAGCCGUGCGUCGGCCGCGAAGACGCCGCUGAGCCCCGCGCGGAUCUCUCGCCUGCAGGAGAAGCAGGAACUGAGCGCGCUCAACGACCGACUGGCCGUGUACAUCGACCGCGUACGGGCGCUCGAGCUCGAGAACGACCGACUGCUCGUGAAAGUGUCUGAGAAGGAGGAAGUCAGCACCAAAGAGGUUUCUGGGAUUAAAACACUCUACGAGGCUGAACUUGCCGAUGCCAGACGUGUGCUUGACGAAACCGCCCGGGAAAGAGCCAAACUUCAGAUCGAUCUCGGAAAAGCCAAUUCUGAGCUUGAGGAGGUCUCUAAGAACUAUAAGAAGAAGGAUGGAGAUUUGGUUAAGGCCCUUGCCCGUAUCAAAGAACUGGAAGCCCAGUUCAACAAAAACGAGGCGGCACUCAACACGGCUCGUGGCGAAAACAAAUCCCUCUCUGCAGAAUUGGCCGACCUGAAGGCUCAGCUCGCUAAAGCUGAAGAUGCUCACGGUGUGGCUAAGAAACAACUGGAGGAUGAGACUUUGUUGAGGGUGGAUGCGGAGAACCGCAGCCAGAGUCUGCAAGAGGAGCUGGAGUUCAGGAAGUCUAUGUUUGAAGAGGAGGUGCGCGAGACGCGCAAACGGCAAAGUAGGCGUACGGUGGAGGUGGACAGUGGGGCGCAGCAAGACUAUGAAUUCAAACUUGCGCAGGCGCUGCAGGACCUCCGCAGGCAGCACGAGGAACAAGUGCAGAUUUACAAGGACGAGCUGCGUCAGACUUUUAUGGCCAAGCUGGAUAAUGCAAAGGUGUCAUCCGACAUGAAUGAUAAGGCGGUGCUCACCGCUCGUGAAGAGCUGCAGGAAGCUCACAUGAGGAUCGAGGGCCUGAACUAUCAGCUCAGUGCCCUGCAGAAACAGGCGUCGUCCGCCGAGGAGCGUAUCCGUGAACUGGAAGGCUUGCUGGCCAGCGACAGGGAUAAGUACCGGCGACAGCUGGAUGCUAAAGAGCGUGAGAUGGCCGAGAUGAGGGAGUGCAUGCAGCAACAGCUGAACGAGUACCAGGAGCUGCUGGACGUGAAACUGGCUUUGGACAUGGAGAUUAAUGCCUACAGGAAGCUCCUGGAGGGAGAAGAGCACAGGCUGAAGUUGUCCCCCAGCCCGUCCUCACGAGUGACAGUGUCCCGCACCGUGGCCAGCAGCAGCAGCAGUUCUUCACGUACCUCCCGUGCAAAGAGAAAGCGUGUUGAGCUUGAGGAAGGCUCAACUGGUGCUUCGAAAUUUCACAUCAGCCAGAAAGCAGAAGCCACUGGCAGCGUCAGCAUCGAAGAAAUCAAUCUGGAUGGAAAAUCGGUCACUCUCAGGAACAGCUCCGAUAAGGAUCAAUCUCUGGGCAGCUGGCGACUAAAGAGGCAGAUUGGAGAUGAGGAGAUCACUUACAAGUUCAGCCCCAAGUUUGUCCUGAAGGCUGGCCAGACAGUAACUGUGUGGAGUGCCGAUGCCGGUGUGUCCCACAACCCCCCCUCAGACCUGCUUUGGAAGAGCCAGAGCUCUUGGGGCACCGGAGAGAAUUUCCUCACCGCGUUGAUCAAUUCAAGCGGAGAGGAAGUGGCGAAACGAACCGUCAUGAAAAGUGUGGUGGAGAUAGAGAAUGGUGAUGAUGAGGAUGGAGAAUUUGGAGAUGAAGAUCUUUUCCAUCAACAAGGAGAUCCAAAGACCCGAUCCAGAGAAUGUGCCGUCAUGUGAUGCAGUUUAAACUUUUAGUAUUUUUCUUCCAGAAAUCGAGUCUUUUUGUAGAGCCACUACUUUUGUAUUUCUCAAUCAUGAGUUCUUAACUUUCAUCCCCCCUAUUUUUACGGACCUCGUUUUUAAAGCCAGUUAAUCACGAACUGCGGCAAACAAUGCUAUUUUUCGGCCGUAUUCGUUAAUGAAUAGCCUCAGAGAGCGUCAUAGGAGUCGGAGCGCUUCCGAAGUGCAGCAAAAUACCAUGUAAGAAUGAGUCAAAUGAUAUGAAAUUAGAGAUUAUUUGUGUGAACCGCCGACUAAAGAAUCUGCAUGAUUCAUUUUAAUAGAUAUGCAGAUUCUUGUCGCUGCAGGUUUAUGAAUUGGGGAAUUAUUAUGGGAUGCUCAGACAUGGGCGUCUUUGCUCCUUGGUUUGUGUUCUGUAGUGCACUAUUAUAUCCCUUAACUGACAGUCGCUUAGUACACCACCUAUUGUUUUUGUUUUAUGCUUUGCCAAUCAGAUGAACAGGGUGGAAAGAAUUUCCAAAAGAUUACUGAUUUGCAAUACUAACAAAUAAUUGUUACGUUCGUGUAUUUUGAUCGCUUUACAUAGUAUUAUGUAUGUUUGAAUAAGAGAAAAAUAAAUAAGGUGUUUUUUUUUAGUUUGUAGAUGGGUCAACGUAAAUUUACGAAAGGCAGUCUUGGGUCAGUCUUAGAUGGCAGGUUUAAAUUAAAUUUAUUGUUUUGCAUUUAAACUCGAGUUGAUCGUACGAUCAGUAGUCUUUCUCUGUCAAUUCGGCUCAUAAAUCAGAAUCGAUAAGUUUAGGUGAAUGCUCGGUUAGAUUAACCAAAGAGAUGUUAAGGUUCAUAAAUAUUGUGAUGAAUGAAAUCACGUUUCAUUUGUCUUUGGUUUCUUUUUUAGUUUGCCAAAUAAAGUCAAAUUUGUGUUCUGAAUUUGUAGUAUUUGUGAAAUCCACAUAAUCUUUAUCGUUCCACCCUGUUAAGUCUGUUGUUUUGUUUUUCGAACUGUCUUAUGUUUUAAAAAAAUUGUUUUUCAGUCAAUUAUGCAUGCAACGAAUAUUUUUAUAUAAAUAAGUUAAUGAGCAGGGGAACAUUGCUAACAAAUUUGACCCGAUUCUUUAGAAAACGAAAUUACACUGCGAUCUGAGUUUUAACUAUAACCAUGUUUUUAUGUAUUUCUUCAGCAUUUUUUAACUGUAGUGCACAUGAUUCCUAAAGCACAAUCGUAGUGCUUUUACACGCAUUUUAAAUUGAGAUGAAAUGUCUUUGGGCGCAUGCCGUGUAUACAAACAGUUGACCUGAGAAACAAUUUAGAUUUUUAAGGAAUUAGUUUAAAGGUGUCGUCCUAAUUUACGUUAACUUUUUGGGGUCGUUUCGAAGGUAAUGUAAACAUUAACCUGAUGUAUCACGGGUUUGUUAAGCAAGUGAAAUUAAGCCCAAGUGUAAUUGUAUAUGCGUACAUUUGUAACUUGGCCUCUGAGCUAAUAAAAUCUUCCUCCUUACUGUGGGUUCACACCAGACGCGAGUUCAACGAUUUGCGCGAGUAGAUUAAAUUCAAAGUCAAUGCAAAGACGCGAUCACACUCGUCCUCGCAUUGGAAAAAAAUUCGCAAUUAGCUUCAAACGCGUCUUUGCCCAAGUUGAAAAUAUCCUCGAGCUAAAAAUAAUUCACAUGACACAAAGUUAAAUCCUGCGAGUAAUCUAGAGCGAGUAACGCGAUGUUCCGCGUUUGGUGUGUACGUAGCAUAAGUUUUUAACUUCGUAAGAAAUUUACUGACAAGCACUCUACAUCUGUGAAUUUCUUUUUUAGUUUCUGUUAGUUACAAACACUGUUUUCAUAAGGAAUUUAAUUUCCUUUUAUUGUCAGGUUUUAUUAGACAGGGCUGUGAUGAAUGUAUCAGAUACAAUGUGCUUUGAUUUUUUUACGAAAUUGUCAAUCUGAUGUUGCAGUUGUAGUUAUUUACUGUAUAGAAAUUUGAACUACCGUCAAAAGGGUAGAAAUUGAGCCAUAACGAAUUGUGAGCUAUAAAUUAGAAAUUGUGAAGGGUUAAACAUUGUACGAGGACUUUGAAAGGGCUGAAAUAGCAAAAGUCUCAUUCAUUUUCAUCUAUUUUACUUUCAUUUGUCAUUUUUUUGUACGCAAUAUCCAAUAAAUGUUUUACGUAUGAAA